AUGCAGAACAACUUCUUUACACACCAAAGACUCUUGAAGGCCUUGGGGGCAGAAUACGAGUCUCCGUACCACCGGAAAAGAGAGAGCUCUGAAAAAGAGAGGAAAAGUCUCCAGAAAGACUAUGCAUUUUUCUUAGACGAGCUGGUGCAGCAUCCAGAGAACAUUCCGUUUAUACAUGAUUAUGAUGAAGCACCGCCCAUUCUGACUAUAAGCGAGGUGGAGGAUCUUGUGCACACCUUUGAGGUCAAUCUCAACCUAAGAAAUGCAGGUGCAUCUGCCACAGCAAAAAAGCCACUUGCCAUGCCGUCUGCACAAACAACAAAGUGUGCAAACUGUUUUCUGAAUAGAGGAAAGAAGCCAGCAGAAACAGGGGCUGUCCCUAGCACAAUUUCUAGCGUUCCAGUGGAGAACUCUCCCUUUUCGACAGCAAAGGACCUACUUCCGCCAGAAAUCAGCAAGACCCUCCCAAAACGAGCUAAGCAGGAAGAAACAAAGGAGGAUGCGCUGGACAAGGUAGCCAACAUUGAAAAGAAGUUCCUGGAGAUCAUCAGAAAUGAAGUGCUUUCACCUAGAGACAAGGUUGAUUGGGAAGACAUUGCAGGGCUUCCUCACAUAAAAACAGCGAUAAAGGAAAUAGUUGUAUGGCCCAUUAUACGCCCAGAUAUUUUUAAGGGACUGAGGGGCCCUCCCAAGGCACUUCUUCUCUUUGGUCCACCUGGAACAGGAAAGACAAUGAUUGGAAAGUGCAUUGCCAGCCAGUCAAAGUCAACAUUCUUCUCAAUCAGUGCAUCUUCUCUUACGUCAAAGUGGGUUGGUGAGGGCGAGAAGAUGGUACGGGCUCUGUUCUCUGUGGCCACUGAAAUGGCACCCUCUGUUGUAUUUAUUGAUGAGAUCGACUCUCUUCUUAUGCAGCGAACUGAAGGCGAAAAUGAAAGCACCAGGCGAAUAAAGACAGAGUUUCUUGUGCAGAUGGAUGGAGCAAAGCAGAGCAAGGACAAUGUUCUGGUGAUAGGCGCCACAAACCGGCCGCAGGAAAUAGAUGAAGCCGCAAGACGAAGAUUUGUCAAGCGCCUUUAUGUUCCGCUUCCUGAUAAAGAAGGCCGCAAGGAAAUGGUUAAAAAAAUAGCAAAGGACAUUUGCACACUUUCAGAUGCCGAAAUAGAAGACCUCGCGCAAAUUCUGGAAGGAUACUCUGGAUCAGAUAUAUACAAUCUAUGCAGAGAAGCUGCAAUGGAGCCUGUGCGAGAAAUUGUUGAGCUGGAAAACAUGCAGUCGCUGCGGGGAAUCCAUAUGAAUGACUUUCUCUCAGCAAUGAAGCACAUUCGAAAGAGUGUAUCCACAAAAGAGCUUAUAUUCUACGAGGAGUGGAAUAGAGAGUUUGGGGCACUCACAAAAUAA